AUGACUGAAAAAGCUUGGCCUCGAUACUUUGCGAAUGUCAAUGCUAGCAAUGGUUUUGCUUCGGCCCUACAAGAUCAGCUGACAGAGUACGAGGAUGACAUUUUUGUCACUCAAAACUCGUGCAUGAAGAUAACCGACGUGACAAAAGAGGGAAUCAAAUCGCAUCUGAUUCAUAAUGAGAUCGAUUUUCUAUCAACUUACAAAGCGCUACCACGCUCUACCACCAGGAUCAUUUCCGUAGAGUCGGAUAACACGAUAUCGCCUUUAAACAUCAACUCAUCCUUGGCAGAAACUCUAUUCAAUGUCUAUUCUAUCAGGCCCGAUUUCCUGCGCAUACUGCUGUCUUUUGGCGACGAGCCUCACAUUGCAGAGGCACGAAGUAGCAAUCAUGCUCAGACUACCUCAUCGAAUGGCGACUACACUAUCAUGUACAAACUCAACUACGUGGAGCUGAAUGGCCGAGGACCCAAAAACGGCUGGUCUACCCGACACAUGGGUAUCUAUCAUCACCAUAGUCAAGACUCUGAUCUGCUCAUUCUUCUCCACUGUAGUCCUGGGAGCUCCAUGCGGCAGAGGAUGGCAAAACUAUUGGAUAGUUCCCAGGUCACUCUUUCAAACAAAUGGCUUUUGGAUCGACCACAAGAUCUUCACUUGUUGGCUAUAUCAUGCUACGCAGACAAUUGGCGAAUGUAUCUAAGACAUAUUGGUGAUCGCUUUUCUCAUCUGAACGAUAUUGCAAUGACCAGCACAGCAGAAACAGCAGGAAAGGACUACCAGGACCACAUUCAAGAGCUGCGACAUCUCCUAGACCUGUCCAUGUUUGCGACGGCUUGCUGCCAAAGCACCAUGACAGUGACAGCAAAUGUGCCAACGCUGCAUUCGCACUUCAAGAAAGAACUGCAGUCAUUCGCAUCCGUUCAAGGAGUACUCGACGACUUUGUCACCAGUUCAGCGUCCCUUCAGGGCCGAGUUCGCAAUGCUAUAGAAAUGGUCGUCAACACCCUAGCCAUGCGCAACCAUCUAGAGGCGACCAAGCUCGACCAGGAGAUGCGAGAUUUGACCUGGGAAAUGAAGCGAUCGGGGCAAGAGACUGCCAUCAUUACCAAGAAACUCCAAGAGCUCACCGAGAACACGGUUGACGACAGCGCCAUUGUGCGGUUGAUCACAAUCGUGUCGGCUUUCUACCUGCCUGGAAGCUUUGUCGCGACCUUGUUUGGAAUGAACUUUUUCAAUUUUGACGAUAAAUCAAUUGCCAUUUCGAGAGACUUUUGGGUAUUCGUAGUGGCAUGGACUGUGCUGACGCUUCUUACGGGAGGCCUGUUUUAUGCUUCAUACCAGCGCAAGAAAAGAAAGCAGAAGCAUACAGAUGACGCGAAGGUAUAA